UUAUAUCAACGACCACCAUGUUGCUGAACAAGUCGCUUCUCUUCGCCCUGUUUGGCUUUUUGGCCACGUUUGGAUUGGCUCAGGCGGAGCGUGUCCGCUACGACAAUUACCGCCUAUACAAGGCCAAUGCACAGAACGCCGAGCAACUGGCUGUUCUCAAGCAACUGGAGGGAUCUACGGAUUCCAUCAAGUUCUUGGAUGGAGUUCACAUUGUUGGAGCUGAUGUCCAGAUGGUUGUUGCUCCUCACAAGGUGCCCGAUCUAUUGGAGAUUCUGGGCAAGGCAGAAAUCAAAUAUGAUAUGCUGACUAAGGAUUUCCAAAAGUCCAUGGAUGAGAUCGAUGAGAAAGUGGCCAUCAAGGGACGUGCCACCGAAGAUUACAACUGGGUGCAGUACUAUGAGCUGGACGAUACGUACACCUGGAUGGUAUCUCUCGCUAAGCAGUACCCACAUGUUGUCACGCUGGUUGAAGGUGGAAAGACCUAUCAAGGACGCUCAAUUUUGGGUGUCAAGAUCUCCAAGAGCCUCAGCGAGAAGCCUGGCAUUUUCUUGGAGGCUGGAAUUCAUGCCCGCGAGUGGAUUGCCCCAGCGGCCGCGACCUUCAUAAUCAAUCAGCUUCUUACCUCAGAAGUAGAGUCUAUCGAGGAUUUGGCGAAUAACUAUAACUGGUACGUCUUUCCCCAUGCCAAUCCCGAUGGCUUUGUCUACACGCACACCACGGACCGCAUGUGGCGUAAGACUCGCACUCCAUACGGCAGCUGCUUCGGUGCUGAUCCUAAUCGUAACUGGGGCUUCCACUGGAACGAGAUCGGUGCCAGCGACGAUCCCUGCUCUGAUACUUAUGCCGGACCGUCGGCCUUCUCUGAGAUUGAGACUGCUUCGUUGUCCAACUACAUAGCCUCGAUAAAGGAUAAGAUUCAACUUUAUGUUUCUUUCCACGCUUACUCGCAGUACCUUCUGUAUCCUUAUGGUCACACCGGCGAUUUGCCUGACAAUGUAAAGGACUUCCAGCAGGUGUUUAAUGCUUCUAUUGCGGGCGUAGCCCAGCGCUACAACACAAAAUACACUGGUGGCAACAUAUAUGAUGCCAUCUAUCCUGCUGCAGGUGCCAGCGUUGAUUGGGCCUAUGGAACUCAGGAUGUGCGCAUGUCCUUCUGCUAUGAGCUGCGUCCCUCUUCCAAUUCCAUCCUUACUGGUUUCAAGCUUCCCGCUGAACAGAUCAUACCAGCAAGCGAGGAAGUGUUGGACUCCAUUAUCGCCAUGGUUGGUGAAGUCAAGAAGUUGGGCUACUUUAAUUAAAGAUUUGCAAAAUAAACGUCCCAUAUUUUAAA